AUGGAUCAACUAAAUCCUUUCCUUGCAAGACAUAAGGAAAAUGCUGACUUCAACUAGUAUUGGUAUUCCAAGGCAACUAUAGGAUUUUUAGUGUCAGAAUGUGAACAAUUUGGCAAUAAGUUUGAUCAAAAAUUUGCAAAAGAUCCUAAUUUUGUCUUUUAUGAUUUCAAUAAGCCUGAAGACAUUUCAAAAGAAUUUGAAAAAUACUUUGAUAUGGUUGUUAUUGAUCCUCCUUUCAUUACCAGAGAAGUUUGGGAGAAGUACUCUGAGGCUGCAAAGUUUUUAGUCAAAGAUGGAGGCAAAAUACUUUUAAGUACAAUCGAUGAAAAUGAACCAUUUAUUAUGGAAUUAUUGGGAGCUAGUAAAAGAGCAUUCAGGCCAUCGAUCCCUAACUUGGUUUAUUAAUACAGUCUCUACUCAAACUACGACAGUGAGGGCUUGAAUAACAAGAAUCCAGAAAUACCUGAAUUUGAUUGA